AUGCCGGGGGGAUUUUGGUGGCUGCUGCUGGCGCUGCUGUGGCCCCGCUCGGUGGCCACGGCCAGGAGGGACGGGAAGGGUCGGAAGGAGCUCCCGGAGCCGCCCGGCGCCUCCCUGGGCAACAGUGAGGAGCAGCCCCAGCUGCCGGAGCGCGCGGCGCCGCGCGGCGCGGACCCGCGCAGGACCUGGAUCUCCUUCGUGCACCGCCCCGACGACGGCAGCGGCUCCAAGAGGAGGUGCAAAGGCAGAGACAAAAAACUGCGAGGUCUGGUUGGACCUCCAGGGCCUCCUGGACCUCAGGGACCUCCAGGAGCUCCUGGGGCUGAAGUCACCAAGGAAGUUCUUCUGCAGGAGUUCAAGGAGAUCUUAAAAGAAGCCAUGGAGCAGCGGGCCUCCCUGGCCCUCCCAGCGCAGCCCAGCCCGCUGCCCCCGCUGCCGCUGGCCCUGGCCGAGGCCGGGUCCCAGCGGCGGCUGCUGGAGGCGUUCCACUGCAAGCUCAAGGGCCACGUGCUGGUGGACAAGAAGACCUUGGUGGAACUCCAGAAUUUCCAGCUGCCCGUGGCCAGGGGCGCGUUCCUGCGGGGCUCGGGCCUGGACGUGGCCACCGGGCGCUUCACCGCCCCCGUGGGCGGCAUCUACCAGUUCUCAGCCAACGUGCACCUCGAGCACAGCGAGCUGCGGGGCCGCGCGGCGCUGCGGGCACGGGACAGCGUGCGGGUGCUGGUGUGCGUCGAGUCCCUGUGCCACCGGCACGUAUCCUUGGAAGUCAUCGCUGGCCUGGAGAGCAACAGCAAAACCUUCACCAUUUGUGUCCAGGGCUUGCUGCAGCUGCAGGCUGGCCAGUACGCCUCCGUCUUCGUGGACAACGGCGCCGGCGCCGCCGUCACCGUCCAGAGCGGCUCCGACUUCAUGGGAAUGCUGCUGGGAGCGUAGCAGCCAUCCCAAAAAUCCCCAAUUCCCAGAAUUUGGACUGAA